UUUUCUUUUUUCAAAAAUGUAAUUACUUUUAUCUUCCAAUCGUAACAGUAACUCUUGAUAAGCACGCGUAUCAAAAGAGACCAAGGUGCUCCCAAAUAGCAGGGGUAGUUCCGUCAUUUAUUCGCCUUACCAAUCUUCCCCACCUUGCGUCUUCUCCACUGGCCACCUAAACUGCACAAAUGCGAAGUGGUUGAGAUUAGGUCAGGUUCUUUCUCCUUCAUUAAAAACCCUAAGUCUAACCCCUAGCCCUAACCAUUGGUCCAUUGCAUGCCUGAUUGCAUGCUCGUUUGCUUCCCAAUCAAAGGCGAUAUCUGAACUAAUGGCUCUCUCCUUCAAUUCGCUACUCCGACGACUCGCAUGCCGGUGGCCUGUGCUGCUCUACGCAGCAGGGUGGACGGCGCUCCUGACGCUGACUGUGGCGGUGGCCUCUUUCUCCCCCGAGCUUGCGUUCAUCUCGGCGAUAUCUCCGUCGUCUUCGUUCACCGCAGCGUGCGAGACGGAGGCGUCCUUUAGAAUUCCGUUGGACGUUCCGACGGAGAUUCUUUGCUUUCCGUCUCAUCUUUUCAGAAGGUCUGUGAUGGAUCUGCUGGUUCCUCCGGUGUUCGCCGCGGUUGUCAUCGCCGGUUCGGUCUUCGUGGUGCGAGCCUUGGCCUUGUAGGAGAAAGGCUAGUCACUCACGUGGCCAAUGUUGACCGUAGAUUUUGAGAAUGCCAAAUCUGUGAUGGUGUGUACACAUGAUCAAGUGUAACGAUGCCUACGAACGAUUUUUUGCUUUUGAUUCUUUUGCCGUUUGAUGACGAUGGGGGUAAUUAAACAUAUUUUUAUAGAAUAAUAUUCUCAAAAAUUUAGGC